GAUGUUUGUGUCCUGCUGCCCAGCUUUUUAUUAUGGUCAAUGAUACUAUCACUGAUGCCUAAGAAAGGUCAGUGCAGCAAAUGGGGGAACUGCAGGCAUGGCGCUGUUGUUGCUGUCCUUAUCAAUAUGUGGCUCAAUCUGUAGUGCUGUCACUUCAAAAUCAGAGUGUCGUGGCUUCAAGAGCUGCACCACUGGAGAUAUCAACACAAAAUUCCUGGCUGAGUACUGAGAGGCCUCCUGUGUUGUCUGGGGCAGUUCCAGAUGAAACCUUAACCCUGUAGGCCUUCUAGAGUACUUGUAAAUACUGACAUUAUUUUGAAGAAAGACAGGGGGAGUUUGGCCAAUAUUUAACCUUCAAUCAGUCCCCAGAAAGGGCAUAUAUCCAGUUUAUUUUGCAUUGUUGUUCAUGGGAGCUUGCUAUGUGCAAGUUGGCUGUCAUGUUCCAACAGUGGCCACCCUUAAAAAUUGCCACAUUGGUUGUAAAGCAUUCUGGAACAUGCUGAGGUUAUGAAAGGUGCUGAGUCUUUGUUCCAAAUUUGGGCCAAAGGCAGCCUGCUGGCAAUCACCUGCAACUUCUUUGAUGCCAGUAACAGAUGUUGGACAUGGAGGGUGGUCUGAUCCAUGCCACUAACAAUGCUCACACAUAAAAGGUCAAAUCUGAACUGAAAAUAACAUUUGACGUACGGGCUGCUCAGCAUGAGGUGUGGGUGACUGCUGUGAUUGUCGCAUAAGAACUGUAUUUCUGAGCCCAGUUCUUCCUUUAAUGUUUAGAAUUUCUCAUGCUCGUGUUCAGAUCCCUCCAUGGCUACACGCCUCCCAAUCUCUGUAGCCUAAUUCAGCUUCACAACGUGGAGGCACAGCGUAAUGCAGCUGGUAAAAAGCAAAAUGUUGCAAAUACUGUAAAUCUGAUUGCCAUUUUGGAGAAGAUUUGUAGCUCAGGUUGUGGAUCAGGUUGUAAGUUUUCUCACUGGGCAUGAGAGCAAAUCUCCCAGCUCGCGAGCAAACUUACAACCUGAGUGUAAAUCUGAAAAUAAAUCAAAAAAUACCCGAAAUAUUCAACUGUUGAAGCAGUAUCUUCAGAGAACAGAACAAAAUGGAAAACUUUGGAUCAAAAUCCCUGCACAGAAGAGUUCUACUUAUAAGUCAUUGAUCUUGAACAUUAACUCCUCGACAAAGAUGCUUUCAGACCAGCUGAGCUUUUGGAACAUUUUCUGGUUUUCUUCUAAUCUAAAUGGUUGCUUGGCAGAACAGAAUCCAAGUGUUGCUGAGAAAGCAACUUGCACUCAUCAGGACAGAUGCAAGAAUACCAAAUCAAGAAGGAACAAGAAUUCAUGCUGCAUGACAGGAAGGUGCCGAUUGGGGUUGGCAAGUGGACUCAGGUGCUGGUAAUUGGUUUGGAUGAUCUGGUGAACCUUAAAAACGUGGAGCGAAUGAAGCGGGAACUGCGGGCCUGCUACAAGCUGAUUGACAGUUUCCUGGCUGCCUCAGAUUGGAUGGGGGACCUGACCCAGUGUGUGGAUUGUGUGGUGUCUCCACACACUGACAUACUGCAGGAGGCGUUGGAUGUAUUUGUUGCUGCUGCUGCCUCUGAGAGUAACUUUGGGUGCCUUAUAGUCAUGGACAAGGUCGUAGUGGCAACAGAGAAGUGGUGGCGGCUCGCAGCACAGGAGAUCAUGCUGUUGGCAUGGCUGGUGGGAUCCCUGGCACCCAGCACAUCACGUGACUACCCCAUCUACCUGCCUCACGGCAGCCCUACGGUACCCCACAGGCUAUUGACCUUUCAGCUGGUCCCUGGAGUAGAGGUGUGCCUGCUGUGUGGACCAACCCCAUCCUUGCAGCAAGUUCAGACUGAGUUAGUUGAAAGAUUCUGGAGCCCACUACUGGAACCUUUAAAGACCUGCCUCAGGGUACAUCAACGCUCCUUCUCGGCUGGUAUUCCUUUACACCGGAGCAUCCUUGGCCUUCUGUUGGUAAACAGAGAACAGAACAAGAAUUUGUUCACUCUGCAGCCUCAUACGGUUGAACACAGUCAACAGCAAGGAGCAGCAGUCCCUCCCGAGAGGCGCAGGUCCAUUUUGCGACUAUUUUACACCCUGGCUGUCUCCUCGUACUUUCCAGCAGAUUCAAGUGAAGAUUCGUCUGCGCCUCUCCAUGAGGAAUUCCACAGCGGCUUCACCCAUUCUCCAGCGGAGUGCUACAUUGCUGCUGAUGACCACAAGUGCUAUGCCAUCCAGACCCAGCAGCACCAGCUUUUCUUAAUCUUCACAUCAGAUACUCCGACCUUCGCUCUGCGAAACAUCGCAACCAAAACCAUCAACCUACUGACAAAGGAGCUUCCUUUCUGAGUUGCAUGAGCCUGCAUUCCGGACUUGCAGCAUUCAGAGGAAAGUAGCUGACACCUCGUCCUUUAGGGCGACAAUUGAACAGUCCAUCUGCCCUGAAUAAUGCUAUCUCUCCCUCAGAGUGAUGAGAAGUCAGAGCAGCCCAGCUAGUCAAUCCACCCGGUUCCUUUGAACUUGAAAGGAGAGAAACUAGCAGCUUUCCUUGUUGAUGUUUGUGAAGAAACACCAGGGCUAAAAAAUGUGUUGCUGGAAAAGCGCAGCAGGUCAGGCAGCAUCCAAGGAGCAGGAGAAUUGACGUUUCGGGCAUAAUCCCUUCUUCAGGAAUGAGGAA